AUGAUAUCAAUUAUAUUCGUAACUCUUACAAUACUGGUCAUCGUACUUGUAUAUAUAUAUUUGAAACAAUGUUACGCUCCACGACGGGAUGAUUUGCCAGGGGUACAGCCGCAUAUUUUUUUUGGUAACCUACUCAAUUCCGGUAUAUUGAAACAAGAAUCGACAUUUAAUCAAGUCCUGAUCGAUUAUCAACGCCGAUUUGGUGAUAAAUUUCAAUAUUGGUUUGGCUCACAUCGAUGUUUAGUUUUUUGCCGAGUUGAACAUGCUCAAGCAAUAUUUUCUGAUCGUCAUACUUUCGAGCAAUCACCUUUAUUUCUUCCAAACUUCGAUCUUUUUUGUCCAAAUGGCAUUGCAAUGUUGACCGGUGCUAAAUGGAAACGACAUAUACGAGUUUUAUUACCGAUGCUAAAACGAGCAAAAAUUGUGGGUCAUUUAGCGAUGAUUACUCAAUGUACGGAUCGCUUCAUUGAUCGAUAUCUUCAUGCUGGUCAGAUCCAUCGUAAUCUGUAUGCAGCUUGUCAAUCACUUACUAUGAAUGUAAUCGGAUUAAUUGGAUUUGACUGUGAUUUCGAUACCCAUGUUGAUUCACCGAUCAAAAAAGCCUUUCUUGAUUUCAUUUUUCAUAGCACAUUACUGAUGAUGACACCAUGGACGCCUCGAUGGUUAGGAAAGAUCUAUUUGAGAUUUAAUCGGAAAUAUCAAAGAGCCUAUCAAUUAGUUCAUAAAUUAGCAGAAAAAUUGGUCAAACAAGAGCAAAACAAGCAAAGUGAAAUAGAAGAUGAGCGCCCGAAAACUCUGAUCGCUUCGUUAGUGUCAUCAUUGAAUGAAGAGGCUAACGAUGAAAAUAUAUCUUCUGGCCUAAAUCAUGUGGAAAUUUUCGAUGAAGUAGUGAUGAUGAUUCUAGCUGGAUAUGAUACAACAUCGACCACUUUAGCUUGGUUCAUUUUCUUCGCUAGUAAAAAUCCUCGAGUACAACAACGGAUGAAAGAUGAACUACGCGAACAUAACCUUAUGAUGACCGAUGAUCCAAACUAUUUACCAUCGUUAACACCGAAUAAUUUGGCGUCACUAACUUAUUGUGAAUAUGUAACGAAAGAGGUAUUACGUUUGGCUCCUACCGCGUCAUUCACAACCCGUAUAGCUACUCGUGACACCAUUCUUGAUGAUGUGAAGAUUAAUCGUGGGCAAACUAUUUUUAUUGCACUACAUAAUAUCAAUACUGAUGCUCGCUAUUGGCAUCAUGCUGAUCCUAAAGAAUUUGUACCAGAACGAUACUUAGCUGAGGAUCAAAAUCACCAUCCGUUGGCGAUGAUUACAUUCGGCGGUGGACAUCGAGCAUGUAUUGGACAAGAAUUAGCUUGGUUCGAGUUAAAAGCAGCGAUUGUUCGAUUGAUGCAACGUGGUAUCACAUUUGAGGAUACACCAGAAAAUACAGGUGGCUAUGAGGAACUAAUUACUUGUUUUCCAAAAUCUUUGGCAGUACGUGUUCGCUUCGAGAAAUCUUAA